GUAUACUCAUUGCUAUACACAACUCUUAACACGCUCCACAAAUAGUGAUCAUAUUUGACACUACACCAAAAAACAUGGAAUGCAGUGACAAAACCAGCGGUACUUCUUCAUCGUCUUCUGCCGGAAUGAUGACGCCUCCUCCAUCUCCUCCGUGGCCGGUGAUUCUGACGCCUUGCGCCGCCUGCAAGAUCCUCCGCCGGAGAUGCGUCGAUAAAUGUGUUCUGGCACCCUACUUUCCGCCGACGGAGCCGCUUAAGUUCACCAUUGCUCAUAGAGUCUUUGGUGCCAGCAAUAUCAUCAAAAUGUUACAGGAGCUUCCGGAGGAUCAAAGAGCAGAUGCAGUGAACAGCAUGGUGUAUGAAGCAAAUGCGAGAAUCAGAGAUCCAGUGUACGGCUGCGCCGGAGCAAUUUGUCAGCUACAGAAGCAAAUAAGUGAGCUUCAAGCAGAGCUUGCCAAGGCUCAAGUAGAGAUGUUGAAUGUGCAGUGCCAAAACACAAAUUUGGUGUCAUUGAUUUGUAGGGAGAUGUCACAAAAUCAAGAAAACAACGGCAGCGUGUGUCCUGAUCAACAAACUUAUGGAAAUACCAGCCUUUUUUUGGACGACAAUAGUGUCUAUGCAUCUUGGGAACCACUAUGGACAUGAUGAAAAAAGUUAGAAUACUUCUAUGAAUUUAGUUACGUACGUUAACACUGUGCCCAAGGUUAGGGGUAGAAAAUGCAAUGACAUCGUUUCCAAAAUUCAAUAAAAUAUAUCAUUACAUGACGAGCGACA